CCCCCCCAAAACAAACUCAGCUUCACCAUGAGCCACGAGCUGGACGCGUUGCUUGCCUCCAACCCACCACCCGCCGUGCGCAGACGUCCUCGUCCUCCACUCUCCUGCGCCGAGUGCCGCCGCCGCAAGCUGCGGUGCGACCGGGAGCUGCCCUGCGACCAGUGCACAAAGGGGCUUCGCGUUGACCGCUGCUUCUACCAGGACCCUCAUCGGCCGCCUAAGCGGUCCGCCACUGACGCAGGGCUCGAUCAGUUGGCCCCUGAGCUGUACAACAACAACAGCAUCAGCAGCGGCAGCAAUAGCAAUAGCAAUAGCAAUAACAAUGGCAACAGCCAUGUGUCCUCCGGGUCCCCGCAGGCUAUUGAUAAUUUGCAGUCGCGCAUCAGCAAGCUGGAAACGCUGCUGCUGCGCCAGGCACGGACGAUUGAGCAGCUGCGGGCAGACCGGACGCCAGGCUCGCAGGCGAGUACGGUAGCCGUCGCUACUCCGGUCAGCUCGGCGCCGGCGGCGCUGAAACGCGACUAUUCGCGGGCGCUGCUGGGCGAGUUCAACGAGGCCCUGGAUUUCAUGAAGGAGCUGUGGAGCGAUCCGGCCAUGCACCCGACCCUCAAUGAGUUCCGUCUGUACCACCGGCAGUUUCAUAAGCAAUGGCGCUCGCUGGGCGACGAGGAGGACCGCCAACGAACGGGGUCGGCGAUGCCGUCGGCGAUUCUGGCGCUGCUCCCGCCGCGGGAGACGUGUGACCGUUAUGUCGACUUCUACUGCCGGUACCUGGAGAACACGUAUCGCAUCCUUCACACCCCAUCGUUCAUGCAGGAAUACGAGGCGUUCUGGGCGGAGGGAGAAGGAGACCGUGCCGCGCACUUUUACUCGCUGAUCCCCCAGUUGGCCGUGGUGGUGGCCAUCGCCGCCGCGUUGGACGGGACACCAACCGACACGGACCGGGUGCCCGAGAGGAGGCUUUUCGACACGGUGGAGGACUGGCUGCACUUUGUGGACCGUCGCAAGUCCACCCCGCUGGCCACGUUACGAGUGCACUGUCUGAUGCUGCUGGCGCGCUUCAGCGGCGCGGACCGGACAAAGCGCUCACAUAACCUCUGGGUCACGGCGGGAGAUCUGAUCCGGUUCGCCACGACGCAGAGUUUCCACUGCGACCCCAGCGAGCUGCCGGGUGUCUCCAUCUUCGAGGGUGAGCAACGCCGUCGGCUGUGGAUGACCGUGCGGGAGAUGGAUCUGCAGGCCUCGAUCAUCUGCGGCCGCAGCCCAUACCUACAGGAGCCUGAAAGCACGUGCUGGAGUCCCGGGAAUUUUCACGAUCUCGACUUGUACGAGGGCAUGCCCGAGUAUCCCUCCCCGCGGCCCGUGGACGAAUGGACUGGCUCCUCGAUCCAGGCGGCCUUGGGGCGAUCCCUGCAACUGCGUCUGAAUGCGAUGCGUAUCCUGGGCGGGCUGACGCAGACGCCGUCGCGCUUGGAUGCUGCGCUCGAGGCUGCCGACCAGCUCGAACGCUUUAUCCGUGGUCUGCCUGAUGUGCUGCAGCUGCAGCUCCCGCGCAGCCACCAAACAGAUUCGCCCGCCCGCCUCUUUAGCCAGAUUCUCUGUGACGUCCAUCUUCGUCGGCCUCUGCUCUGUCUCUGGCAGAAACUAGCAUCGUCGGCGACUUCCGACCGUAUCUGCAUCGAUGCGCGCCUCGGCACCCUCCGCUCGUCGCUGGUCUUCCUGACCCACCGGGGGCUCUUUGACUUGGGCGAUGCAGAACUACGGUCCAUGCAGACCGUCGCGCCGACGAAUCUCUUCUACGAAACGCUCAAAGCGGAUAUAAUGCGCGCGAGCUUCGGUGUCUGUUGGGAAAUCAAGCGGCGGAAACGCUUCCCUCUCCACGACCUGGGCCUACCAGAUGUCUCCGUGGCGCUGGAGCUUGCCAGUCCCAAGGAUCCCACGGUCCAUCAGACCGGCGAGCUGGUGGCCGCCGUGGACGAGCUCUGCCAGUUCAUGAUGUCGAACAUGGGCACGCUCUGGCGCGACGUGAAAAACGCCUUCCGGCUCGCCGUCGUUCUGUCCUCCAUCCAACCUGCAGAAGGGACGGAAACUCCACAGGAACGCAUGCAGCGCACCACCAUGCAGGUCCUCGAGGCGUGUCGAAAACAUGACCCGUUCCGACAGAUUGUUCCGAACCUCGAUCCCAGCCUAGCCGACACGAUGAUGCAAAACGAAAAUGUAGCGUUGUCCACGGCAUCUCUUGAGCUACCGACCGAGACCUCCCUGUGGUUCGGAGAAGAUUGGCCUGUCUUCCCGGAAUUCCCUGUACGUCUCGAGACAGUCUGAUACAUGUUGACAGUGACCAUGUACUCACCUUCCUCCAGGCAUCGGACGGCAGCGCAGACCCUGGUUUAACCUGGACUUUUGAACAAUAGACUCGAGGAUUUCUGUCUUGGACAUGAGAGCGAUAUACCCUGUUUUAAGCGAUAUACCCGAUUUACAAAAGUAUGCUUCAUCUCCUAAUGGAGUCAAUGGUCAUUUUUCUUGGAAUCGAUAUCACAAUCAAAAUCAAUUCUUCUAUCCAUCUACAACCUCCCCGAUAGACCUAGACAAGCCUCCCCCUUCCCCCCCCCACUCCUGGAUGGGGGCGUGGGCCUCUUGGCAAAUACAGGUCCACUGCACUAGAGGGAGACAUGGUUGAUGCCUGGCUUUGACCUUCGUUGGGCUGUUACCAGGUUGUAUACAUGUUGGAAGUCCUAUUUGAGUGUAGAGUUGUUAUGGUAGUUCCGCUUGUGGAAUAGGUAUACUACUCGUCUG